AUGUGGACUGCUUCGGAUGUAAAUUUUGGUCGGAUGUUUUAUCUUCCUUUGGUCAUAGUGGUUAGUCUUGUCUCAUUAUCGUCCUCUUUACGGCCCAUUGUUAUGGUGCCUGGCUUGGGGGGCACGCAGUUGGAGGCCCGGUUAAACAGGACAUCAGUGCCCCAUUGGUACUGUUACAGAGUUAGUGACUGGUUCACUCUAUGGCUCAGUGUGCUUGAGUUGGAAGCAGCCGACUGUAUGGUCGAUAAUAUGAGGUUAUUUUACGUCGCCGAGAAUCACACCACAAGAAAUAAUCAUGGUGUGGAAAUUCGAGUUGAUCGUUUUGGGAGUACCGAAACAAUCGAAUGGCUGGACCCCUUUCACACUGUAGGAAGAUCACAUUUUGCAUAUUUCACAAACAUCGUUGAGAGCCUGAUUAAGGCUGGCUACCAUAGAAAUGUCUCCGUCAGGGGUGUGCCUUUUGAUUUUAGGAAAGCUCCAAAUGAAAUGGACAGUUUGUUCAAGCAAAUGACGAAGCUAGUCGAAGAAACGUACGAAUUGAACAACAAAACUCGAAUCAUCUUGAUGGGUCACAGUAUGGGCAACAACUUCAUCCUCUACUGGCUCAACAGACAACCACAAUGGUGGAAGGAUCUCUACAUUGACUCCCUCAUCUCUCUUGCAGCACCUUGGGCCGGCUCUGUUAAGACUCUUCGGUUGAUGGCCUCUGGUGACUCCUUGGGUCAAUCGGAGCAUGUCAUAAAGCCCAUCCAGGCUCGACCGCUGGAGCAAUCGAUGCCAAGCACGGCCUACCUGAUGCCCGGUCCAUACUGGCACAAGGAUGAAGUUCUAGUCAUGAGUCCUAAAAGGAAUUUCACUAAUUUAGAUUACGAAGCAUUCUUUGAGUCUAUCAAUCAUACAGAUGGCUUUUUGAUGUGGAAGGAUACAGAAUCAUUAACAAAGGAUUUGGUAGACCCAAACGUAAAAGUUCAUUGCAUCUAUGGCCUUAUGAAAGUCGAUAUAACUCCUGCGGUACUAGACUACAGAAAGGUAAAGUCAAAAAACUGGUAUGACGAGCAGCCUGUCACAAUAUACGGACCAGGCGACGGUACGGUCAAUGAAAGAAGUUUGAAAGCCUGCAAUAAGUGGUCCAACGUCGAAAUCAAGCAACUCGAUGACGCUGAACAUUUAUCAAUUCUUCUCGAUCCAAGGACGAUGGAAAUCAUUUUCAAUAUCAUUUCCCGAUAA